CAGUAUAUAAAGCGUCUCCAUUCACUCAGCAUCUCUCCUCAAAUCAAUCAACCCAAAGAAAGCUCACAAAGCAUUACUUCCUUAUUCUCCCCCCAAAGACCCCAAGUUAAGAAACCACCACCAUGCGCCUCCUCACCCUCCUCCCCAUCGCCACUUUGACCGCCACAUCCCUCGCCCAAAACUGGAACAUAUCUCUCUACACCGAUACCAGCUGCACCGAGUACAGAUUCGAAUACUCCGGAGACCAGGAUUACGGGUGCUACUCGCUCGAAACAUUCGACCCCACGAUUAUGUCUAUCAAGGCUGAGCUCCCCGACGGAUGGGGGUUUAUGGGAUCGAGUGGAGGUGCCUGCGAUGACUUCCAUACUGCUGGGGGUUCGGGAUGUUGGACUCUGGGACAGGGCUUUAGGUCGUUUGAGGUGUUUCCCAUGCGGGACUGAAUGUAGGGUGUAUAUUUUGGUGGUUUGGGGGAUGGUGCUCAUGAUAAUUUUAGAAGGUUGGUGAAGGAUUUUGAGGGUUAGCUUUUUUGGUAAAUUAUGUG